GCACAGGAGGAGCAGCUUGUUGGAGUGAGUGCGCCGCUGUGGGGCCGCUGUCUCUCUGUGCGCUCUGACUGGAGGGGGCUGGCUCUCCCUGAUUGAAUCCAGCUGUUGUGAAAGCGCUCGGAGGGGGCCCGUCAAUUUGCAUUGCUAAAUAGUCUGUAGAGCCGACAGAGUGCGGGGCAGAAACAGUCCAUUUUGAAAAGGCAUUCCUGCAACAGUUGGUCAAUGUACCGAAGCUUCAGCUCGACCAGACAGCGGUUAAUGAAAACCUGGUGUCGGCUUUCGCGUAAAGGCGCAUAGUUGGGGGGUGGUGAGUGCCCUGCUGGGUAGUGGCGAGGGGAUUUGUGGGGAAUUUACGGGUCGUCUAAAUCUUUACUUUGAGAGAAACUAUAAACCAUGCUUUUUGAAAUACGUGGCUUCAGGUUUUGCUCAUCUACAAGGAUGUUGGCAGCUCUGUUAUUUAUUCUGCUUUGUAUCCAGCCUGGACAUGGACAGACCUGCACAGAUGGUUUUGCGUAUGACCGCAGGGCAAGACAGUGUAUAGAUGUGGAUGAGUGUCGUACCCUGCCAGAUGCUUGCCGAGGAGACAUGCGCUGUGUGAAUCAGAACGGAGGCUACCUGUGCAUCACGAGGACCUUGUACAACCAGCCGUACAGACCGGAGACCCCGGCCCUGCCUGAGCCAGUUUACCCGGACACGUCGGUUGGAUUUUCAGACACCUUCCUCCCAGCUCCUCCGAGAUCUGUGGAACCCAGCUACCCCAGAGUGAGGACCACUGCGCAGUGCAUCCUGGGAUAUACUCCUGCAGAUGAUGGCACCUGUAAUGAUAUUGAUGAAUGUGAGACAAACUCUCAUCACUGUAACCCCACCCAGGUCUGCAUCAACACAGCAGGUGGUUACACCUGUUCCUGCACUGAAGGAUACUGGCUCAUUGGUGGACAGUGCCAGGACAUUGAUGAAUGUCGCUAUGGUUACUGCCAACAGCUGUGUGCCAACGUCCCUGGCUCUUAUUCCUGCUCCUGUAAUCCCGGCUUCAUCCUCAACCCAGACAGCAGGACCUGUCAAGAUGUGGAUGAGUGUGAAGAUGAACCAUGCAGUCAUGGCUGCUUCAACACUUACGGCUCCUUUAUGUGCAACUGUGACGAGGGAUUCGAGCUGGCGUCCGACGGUACUUCUUGCAUUGACUUGGAUGAGUGCAGCUUCUCUGAGUUUCUGUGUCAGCACAGCUGUGUGAACACCCCCGGCUCUUUCUCCUGCAUCUGUCCGCCUGGAUAUUUUGUAUACGAGGACGGCAGGAGUUGUGAAGAUAUCAAUGAAUGUGACACUGGUAACAACACCUGUACAACAGCACAAGUAUGUUUCAAUUUCCAGGGAGGCUAUACAUGCCUGGACCCUUUACAGUGUCACUCUCCUUACAUCGAAGUUAGUGACAAUCAGUGUAUGUGUUCAGCUGAGAACCCUGCCUGCAGGGACAAGCCCUUCACAGUUCUGUACCGACACAUGGACUUGUCGUCAGGGCGCAGUGUGCCUGCAGACAUCUUCCAGAUGCAGGCCACCACGCGCUACCCCGGCGCCUUCUAUAUCUUCCAGAUAAAGUCAGGCAAUGAAGGACGAGAGUUUUACAUGAGAGAUAAUCCUCUGUCAUACAGGAAGUGAUGGGUUCUAUGUUUCUGACAGCAGCAAGCAACUACAGUUUAUUUGCAAUAAAGAGAGCAAGAACUUGGUAGUAAGCAUGAGCUACCAUGGAUUCACAGACAAAGAAAGCAGCGCUACCUACAGAAACUCACACUCACCAGAGAAUCCAAGGAAAUUGCAGAACUGAGCAGGAAUGGAAAUUGUAGUACUGUUUGAUUGUUAAGCAAACUGUAGAAGUGCAGAAACACCACAGCUGUGACUGUUUACUUACUGAAGAUGUUGCCAAAAUCAUAAAAACCAUCUUGGAUUGUUCUUAUGCGAUCAUGGUGCUUAUUAAUGAGGUUAACUGUGAGCAAGUUAUAUCAGAAUCGCUUCACAAAUAUGAUUAUUCUGCCUAAGCAUCAGACUGAACUGUCGUUAAGGAAAAAAUGUAGACUCCUUUGUUAGUUUUUGUCAUAAUUUAGCAAUUUAAAAACACAGUCCCUUGUUUUUAUUAUGGUGUGUAUUGGGAUCUCAAAUCUCAAAAUAUACUCCCAGCUAAUGAGAGUAAGAUUUGAACAAUUUGGGGAUUACAACAAACAACAUAUUUGGGGGUUGUACCAAAUUUUCUGGUUUGGGGGCGCUAUAACAAAUUUAGGUACUGUAAUAAUUGACCUGUUUUUGGGCCUUUGGAAGCACUGUAACUCAUACAGUGAUGAAUGUGGGACACUAUCACAAAUUGUGUGAUUUUAUCAAAUAAUUAAUUCCUGAGGUACUAUAACAAAUUUUGGGAUAUUAACAAAUGUUUGGACCACUAUACCAUAUUUGGGGGAUUUUGGCGCACUGUGAAAAAGUCUGGGUUUACAUUUUUUUGCCCUAAUCAGUCACCAAAGAGUAAUAAUCCCAACAAACAACUUGGAGUAUGUUUGAAUUUCGAGUCUCAGUUUAAGGUCAUGUGUUCGAUCCCACACUGAUUUUCUUUUAAAGGUCCAGUAUGUAACAUUUAUGAGGAGCUAUUGGCAGGAUGGAAUAUAAUAUAUUAAGGAUGCUUUCAUUAGUGUAAAAUCGCCUGAAAAUAAGAAGCGUUGUGUUUUCCUUAACUUAGCAUAAGCCGUUUAUAUCUACAUAGGA